GAUGGAGCGAUAGGGAUUCGUGCAGCCUUGCGAUAAAGCUUAGCAAUCGCAACGUGCUAAGUUGUCUAGUGAAGCGUAUAAAAUGGCUCGCAUCUUGCAGCGGCGCAACACUCCUGAAAUUGAAGCACUGGAAACUGAGCGAAAUCCGGGACCACCACUAUGCAUUGCGCUGCCGCGUUUUUGGUCGUCGCCUUCUCUGUGGCCGCGCAGGGUAUUCCGUCGGCCAGGACUUUUGCCUCGCCGCAGCAUCACGCCACCCAUCAGCAUCCCGCGUUUGCAGGCGCCCCGCACCAGACCAUCAUGCACGGACACCAAGUUCUGGUUGAAGACAACUCUUUCGUCUCCACUCUUGUCUGCCAAGUUGUCAAGGUUCCUGUUGGUCAGUCCGGUGCGCAGACAGCCAUGCCAUCUCACAACAUUCCGGCCUCUACCGCAGCCGGUUCCCAGCCUGUUGUGGCUCCUUCGGUCAUCUCGUCCUCGCAGGACGCCAUAUCUAAUCUUAGAUCCAGCGUCAGGACGGCCGUAGAAAAACUUGUCGACCCUGUUGUCGAAGCCUUGCAGAACGCGUCGCUGUGGCUCAACCGUACGUCGCAGCUCCACCUGAACCAUUCCCACGAACACCCUGCUCACCAAUCGCACCAGCAUGGCGCCCAAGCUCACCACGCCCACAUGCACUCAAUUAACAACCAUCACGAGCAUCAACACAUGCAUGGUGGCCAGAUCAACAACGACCCGACGCAUGGUCAAGCGCCCAACCACCAGGUUCACCCUAUUCACGGUCAUGGAGCCCCGCAAAGGAUUCCACAACCGGCUGUGCCGAUGACCGUCGUAUCCGUUCCUGUCCUGGUUCCCGCUGUGCAUGCCGGCUCUUUUCCCCUCUUAAACUUGUCUGCCGUUGUUCCUGCCGGCGUCGACAUGGCCUCUCUGCAGUUCUCCAACACCGGACGGGAUAACGCCACAUCGUCGUUCACCGUUGCUGCCGAAUCUGUCGCUGCUACCACCCACCCUGCAUCAACGCCCGCUAAUGCUGACCUCGUUGGCCGCACUGGUGCUCCACCCACUACGCCAAGCACAGACGCCCCGCAUACUCUUUCGUCGGACGUGCCCACUUCUACAACAGUUUCCGACAUUACCACGUCUUCGGUUGGGUCUGAAAACCUUGACGUCUUGGCCAGGCAGUUUCCGCCGCCUGUGGUCCACCGCCCUGUAUGUCCUUAUGAUUGUGUGCCACCAGAACAACGGCGGUAACACCUGCAAGAACGAGUUGUCUCACGGCGGCGACAAGCCUUCCCCAGUAUGCAGCUAGCGGGACGAUACAGCCGUGAUUAGUUUGCCGGUUGCUUGCAGAAAAUUGUUUUAUAUAUGUAUUUGCCGUUGUGGCAGAAGACGUUUAGCAUGUGUAUUUUGCGUUGACAAGCGCUGCAUGUAUAUGUGACAAUAAAGCGGCCUAUUUUAUCUAUACAA